AUGGUGGACAUCUUUGCUGCAUUACAUUAUACGGAGGAGAGGCAGGAAAGGAAAGAAGACGAGUUUAUUCGAUUUCACCAGGGGGCUCAGGCCGUAGCUGAGUACGAAAGCCAAUUCACUUGCCUAUCCAAAUUUGCCCUCGAGCUAAUCAUGAUCAAACAACGAAGGAUAAGGCGCUUUGUUCAGGGCCUGAACGUGAAAAUUCAGAAGAAUCUCGCGGUGGCCCAAAUUAAUGUUUUUAGUGAGGCCGUGGAGAAGGGUCAACGGGUGGAAAGCGCCAGGCUUCAAGUGAGGAACUUUCAAGCUAAAAAACGAGGAUUUCCUGGUAGUAGUUCAGGGCGGAGGGAUAAGAGUAUCCCUCCCAAGUUUGGACGGGGAGCCGAAGGUGGAAGGCAGCCGGGAGUAUCGAGAGGGGCUCAGUCAAGAGGUGGCCAAGUUGGGCGAGGCCAAAGAGAAAAUUUCCAGGGGGGUUCAGCUUUAGCAUCCCGCGGUCCUUGUGGACAUUGUGGGAAACCAAACCACACAAAGGACAAUUGCUGGAGGAAGGAAGGAAAAUGUUUACGCUGUGGGAAUGCAGACCACCAACUUGCCACUUGUCCGGUUCUAAAACGAGAUGGAAGGGGGAGCCAACAACCGCCGAGGACCAAUUCUGGAUCGGUUAAGAGGGAAGGGACUAAACCCAAGGUAUCGGCUCGAGUGUACUCACUCGAGUCACAACAGGUCCCUGACUCUUCCGAAGUUGUAAAAGGUACGAUCCCUGUAUUCCACCGAUUUGCAAAGGUCUUAGUAGAUCCAGGUGCCACCCAUCCUUUGUUAACCCCAAUUUCAUGUGUGGUAUUGAUAUAA